AUGGCCACUGCUGCUUCAAAUGGUAUUUGGGAUAUAGAAAAUGGCAGAUCAAGGAUUGAUAAGAAAUCAAAAAUCGAUGAAUAUACACGUGCUGUUAAUAGAAUAUGUUUUAGUCCACAAGAAGAUUAA